CCAGGUUUCAGGCAGAUAAUUUAGUGUUAAGUGUGGAGUACAGAAAUCAAUGACAGAACACAAAAAUCCUACAGAUAUCAAUGAAGUAUUACCUCCGUCUUUAGCUGCUGUUAGAGAGAUAUUUUCGGAGUUUAACGUCUCGGAAGUUUCGGAUGAAAUAUGUACACGGGUUUUGGACGUUUUGUAUAGACACACAUGUGAUGUCAUCGAAGAGGCAAAGGCUGUUUCUCAUCAUGCCGGUCGACCGAAAAUUGAGGAAGAUGACGUACAACUAGCCAUCAAUUCAGUCACAGAUGGACUUAUGUUCGCACCCCCAUAUAGAGAUCAGUUACUAGCUUAUGCUGAGAAAAAUGAACAGCCACUACCACCUGUUCGUCCUCAUUGUGGCAUUCGUCUACCCGCUGAACGCUUCACACUCACAGCUCCAAAUUAUUCACUUUUAUCAUGUGCAGACAACGCAAAAACAAAUCCUUCAUCUGAACUCGCUGGGGAUUCUUCGAUGACACUUCAUAUAUCCAACCCCGUUAAUCCUACCAAAAAUAUAUUUAGAGCUAUUAAUCCUUCAACCAGACCAAUUACUGUUGGUAAUCCUAUGGGACCAUCUGUUCAUGUUAUUGCCGCUCCUGGAAUGGGACCUUCUAUGAUUCGUGUUCAAACUGUCCAAAAUGUUGCUCAAUUGUCCAGUGUAGAUACCAGCACUGGCUUACGAACACUUCCCGUGGGCCCUACUGUAUCCAGUGUCAUGUCUUUGAAUCGACGUUACAUGGACACAUCAUAAUUCAUUUUGGCAGUUACUAAUGAUAAACUUCCAUGACUUUUUUGGCUAUGAACUCUAAAUUAGGAUCCUCAAUACCAUUUCAGUGAUGAAUUUUUCAGUCCAUUAUUUUCUUUUAUCAUCAUGUAUAUAGUGUUCAAUUGUAUAUAAACUUUUGUAAUUUUUUUUGUUCCCCUUUUUUAAUUUGUUACUCAGCUGUACGUAUACAAAACUUAGAAGUUAACUGAUUUAAGUAAAUUGACCAGUUAGAGGAUGAAGUUUCCCGGAAUAAAAUAUAGAAAAGAAAACUGUGUAAGCAUAAAAACACUACAGUUCCAAAUGCAUUUAGCCG